CUUCUCAAAAAAGGGGAUCCUUUGCCAUCUCUUUCUCCAUCAUCUCGCUUGACCAACAACAACAGUCAUGAACACGACGUUGAACCGCUUCAAUGCGGUUUCGGCUUUGGCAACGUCUGUUUUGAUGGCGUUAGCAGCUUUUACGGCAAUUAUGACCUAUCCAACCCAUAAGCCAAGUGGAAGGGUAGCCAUAAAGGAAUUGGAAGUUGUCAAAGGAAGAUUGGAAUGGCAUAUGGAUAAUCGUGUUCAAGAUUUCAUGAAAGUGUCAUUUGAUAUCGAUGCUGACUUUACCAGUCUGUUUAACUGGAACACAAAGCAAGUCUUUUUAAGCUUGGUAGCCGAAUACCCUACAAAAAGACAUGAAUUGAAUCAAGUUGUGCUCUGGGAUAGAAUCGUACGUUCAAAACAAGACGCAAACGUUAAUUUGCUUGAUGCUACCAACAAAUACCCAUUCAGAGAGGUAUCGAAGAAUUUUGCAAACGUAAACGGAUCUACAUUCACGCUCAAAUGGAACACGAUGCCCAAAGUUGGUAUCCUUGCCUAUGGAGAUGAACAGCGAACAAACGAAUACUCUAUUCCUGCUCGCUUGCAAAGGGAUGGUAUUGCAGAAUUGUACUUCUAGUAUUGGGCGAGAUGAACAAAGAUUAUAUGUCAU